UGGAGGAGUCCUCCUCGGAUCUGUCCAAACAGUGAGCGUUUAGCAGCCUGUCUGUUGGAGCGCCGCUCGGUGCUAAACUGCUUCAUGUUGUUUUUUUAGCCUCCCGUCCCUUUAAACUAGACUAUUGUAUCGAAGAAUGAGUGAUAACGAUGAUAUCGAAGUCGAUAGUGACGAAGACUCGCCGAGAUAUCACUGUGUGGCAGACAAACGGGCACACCACAAUGCGCUGGAGCGCAAACGUAGGGACCACAUCAAAGACAGCUUUCACAGCCUCCGGGACUCGGUACCCGCCCUGCAGGGAGAAAAGGUUGGUAAAGCUCAGCCUGCAGCUCCACCAGGCACACCAGGUUCAGGUUCUCAUCAGUCUACCAAACAGGCGUCUCGAGCUCAAAUCCUAGACAAAGCCACAGAGUACAUCCAAUACAUGAGGCGAAAAAAUCACACGCACCAGCAGGACAUCGACGACCUGAAGAGGCAGAACGCACUGCUGGAACAACAAGUCCGUGCUCUGGAGAAGGUGAAGGGCUCCGCGCAGCUCCAGGCCAGCUACUCAUCUUCCGACAGCAGCCUGUACACCAACCCCAAAGGCAGCGCCGUGUCGGCGUUCGACGGAGGCUCCGACUCCAGCUCCGAGUCUGAGGCCGAGGAGCCUCCCAACAGGAAGAAGCUGCGCGUGGAGGCCAGCUAGAGAGUGGAGCGGUAAAAAGCUGGCUAAGGUCGAGGCGGCGGGGCACAAAGGAGGGCAAGAGGAAACGCAGCCUUUCGAGGCUCAACGACCCCUCCCCCCUCUCAUGCCCACAACCACCAACCUCGGCCUCCGUCACCGUCCUCCUCUCUCCUCCAUCUGUGGGUGGGCUCGCACUGGAGACUCAUGACCCCUCUGACCUCCUCACACCGCCGCCACAAUUGUCUCUCUCUCCACCCGAUCUCCAGAAUCAGGAGGGAGGAAGUCUGCAGGGUGGAAGAUGACUGCUUCAAUCCAUGUAGAGAGCUUCAGGUUUUUUCCCGUCCCCGUCCCUCCCUCCCUCUCUCUCUUUUCUCUCCGGCAUUGGUAUUUCCCCCCCGGCAACAUCUACAAUCCAAAACCCAAAAAGAGGCAGCUUGGCUACUUAAGGACUUGAUGCUUUUUUUGUACCCUCAAUAAAGCCCCUCCUCCUCCCCGGGUUGUUUUUUGGGGGGGAAGGGCGCGCCUGGCGUACUCCAAGCACUGCUAUAUUAUAUAUUUUUGUUUUUGUUUAUUUUGUUAUUCUUGAUAAAAACCUGUUUAGAAUUUACACACACACACACA